GGCACAUCCCUGGUGACAGCGAGGGACCCCGAGGGACCCCCUGAGGAGAUGCUGAGGUCACAUCAGGAGCUGGUGCAGGUGUUGAUGAAGCCCAUCCCUGGGGUCCCGGGAAUCACAUGGGGAGGGAGCUGCAGCACCCGUUGCCCAGCUGAAAUUUCCCAGCAAAGGUUCAGGAAGGAGAUGGCAGAGCUGCCGGGUGCCCCAUGGUCCCACCAGCACCUCCGUCUGCUGGCCCACGAGCUGGAGAUGUCUCCUCUGGAGUGGGAAUUCCAGGUGUCUCCGGGAAGUUUCCUCUUGGUGUGAUGGAGAGAAGCAGCCCCAGCCUCGGAAAAGCCCCCCCAGGAGCAGCAGAACCAUCCCUGGAUGGUCUGAGAAGACAAGCUGCUGUGGCCAUCAGCCAGGAGCUGAGCAGACUCGCCUGCCACAGCACCGGACCCAGCACCUGGAUCCACCAGGUCCGCAGGAGAAGCUCCCUGCUCAGCUCCAGGCUGGAGGAGAAGCCCUUCAGUGAGAUGGAAAUGUCCUACAUCAAGCAAGGGGAGGAAGCCCUCCAGAAAUCUCUCAGCAUCCUCGAGGACCGGGAGGGCUGGAAGACAGAGACAGUGGUGAAUAACGGGGACAAAGUGCUGAGCAAGGUGCUCCCAGAUGUGGGGAAGGUGUUCCGGCUGGAGGUGGUGGUGGACCAGCCCCUGGACAGGGUGUAUGGGGAGCUGGUGGACAAGAUGGAGCAGAUGGGAGACUGGAAUCCCAGCGUCAAAGAGGUCAAGAUCCUCCAGAAGAUUGGAAAGGACACAGUGAUCACCCACGAGAAAGCUGCUGCUACCCCUGGGAACAUCGUUGGACCCCGGGACUUUGUGAGCGUCCGCUGCUCCAAGAGACGUGGAUCCACCUGUGUCCUGGCUGGCAUGGCCACGAAGUAUGGAGCAAUGCCUGAGCAGGAAGGGUUUAUAAGAGCUGAGAAUGGUCCCACCUGCAUGGUCCUGCGCCCUCUGGCCGGCAGCCCCGCUCAGACCAAGCUCACCUGGCUGCUCAGCAUCGACCUGAAGGGCUGGCUGCCAAAGAGCAUCAUCAACCAGGUCCUCUCCCAGACACAAGUUGACUUCGCCAACCACCUGCGGGAGCGCCUGGCAGGGCCGGUGGCUCGGAGCUGCUGACAGCACAGACACUGGGGUCACCAAUGCUCCCUGCAGGGGAUCUUGUCCUGGGGUGAGUCAGGCACAGCCAGGACCUUCUCCUAGUCAGCACCACUAAUUAACGUCGCUCUGUUCCUUGGAAUUAAUUAGUUAGGGGCCAGCACGUGCUCGUUGUGCGGAUGCAGGAUGGAAGAGUUUGAGGUUAAGUCCCACGCUGGCCACACUGAGCACAUGCAGUGACCUCACUAACAGACUCCAGAUUAUUUAUUAAUUAAUGUUUUUAACUUUUAUUCAUUUGAACUAAUUAGUUGAGACGCUGCAGGGGUCCAUACAUGUUUAUUGUAUGGAUGCAGGACUUAAAAAACUGAGGUUAAAUCCUACACUGGCUGCACUGAGUCUGUGCAGAGCCAGCCCAGCACCUGCAACCC